GGCGCUCCCUCUGGCCAUUCCAGCUCCAGCACCUGCCCUUGUCCACUGCUGCGGCUGCUGCCUCCUCCAGGUGCUGACUGUUCUCCAAGUGACUUGAUUAAAGUGCAGACAGUCUAUGGCUUGGAUGACUUACCUUUCACACUGGUUUGAGCAAGAUGAUUGGUAUGAAGGACUGCAAAGAGCAUCCAUGUCCCAGGUCAGGCAAGUGGGACUGCUGGCUGCUGGGUGUCAGCCAUGGAACAAAGACGUAUGUGCUGCCAGUGGAGACCGAUUUGCAUACUGUGCAACUCUGGCCAUCUAUAUAUACCAGUUGGAUCACCACUAUAAUGAAUUCAAACUUCAUGCAAUUAUGUCAGAGCAUAAAAAAACAAUCACAGCAAUUUCUUGGUGUCCACAUAACCCUGACCUGUUUGCAAGUGGCAGCACUGAUAACUUAGUGAUCAUUUGGAAUGUGGCAGAACAAAAAGUUGUUGCUAAACUUGACAACACCAAAGAAAUCCCUGCCUGUCUCAGCUGGUGUUGGAACAGAGAUGAUGCUGUGGCAUUUGUUUCCCAGAAAGGUCCUCUGUUCAUUUGGACCAUCUCAGGACCAGACAGUGGAGUAUCUCUACACAAAGACGCUCAUAGUUUUGUGUCAGAUAUCUGCAUGUUUAGAUGGCAUACCCAAAAAAAGGGGAAAAUUGUAUUUGGUCACGCCGAUGGAAGUAUAUCAGUUUUUCAGCCUGGUAAUAAAAAUCAGAAGCAUGUUCUGAGGCCCGAAUCUCUUGAAGGAACAGAUGAAGAGGAUCCAGUUACAGCCCUAGAGUGGGACCCACUAUCCACUGAUUAUCUUCUUGUGGCUAAUUUGCACUAUGGAAUUCGUCUAGUGGAUUCUGAAUCAGUUUAUUGCAUAACAACGUUCAAUUUUCCCAGCGCAGCAGUGUCUGUGCAGUGCUUAGCCUGGGUUCCGAGUGCUCCUGGCAUGUUUAUAACUGGAGAUUCUCAAGUGGGUGUUUUACGAAUUUGGAAUGUUUCAAGAACAACACCAAUUGAUAAUUUUAAAUUAAAGAAAAUGGGAUUUCACUGCUUACAUGUACUUAAUUCUCCUCCAAAGAAAAAAUUUUCAGUCCAGUCUCCAAACAAAAAUCAUUACACAUCCUCAACAAGCGAAGCAAUUCCACCCCCGAGUUUGAAACAGAAUCAGGGAUAUUCUCUUCCUCCUGGUCAUGUUGUAUGCUGUUUCUUGGAUGGUGGUGUUGGGCUUUAUGACAUGGGAGCAAAGAAAUGGGAUUUUCUUAGAGAACUGGGACAUGUGGAAACUAUAUUUGACUGCAAAUUCAAUCCUGAUAAUCCAAAUCUUUUAGCUACAGCUUCAUUUGAUGGCACUAUAAAAGUCUGGGAUAUAAACACAUUAACAGCAGUGUAUACUUCUCCUGGAAACGAAGGGGUUAUUUUUUCCCUUUCAUGGGCUCCAGGUGGUUUAAAUUGUAUUGCUGGUGCAACUUCCCGAAAUGGUGCUUUCAUUUGGGAUAUUCAAAAGGGCAAAAUGGUACAGCGAUUUACUGAGCAUGGAAAAAAUGGAAUAUUCUACAUUGCCUGGAGUAAUAAAGAUUCCAAACGAAUAGCAACCUGCAGUGGUGAUGGUUUUUGUAUUAUUCGAACAAUUGAUGGUAAAGUUCUACACAAGUACAAGCACCCCGCUGCAGUAUUUGGUUGUGAUUGGAGCCAAAACAACAAAGACAUGAUAGCUACAGGCUGUGAAGACAAAAACGUGCGUGUCUAUUACGUGGCCACAAGCUCUAAUCAACCAUUGAAAGUAUUCAGUGGGCACACAGCAAGAGUGUUUCAUGUUAAAUGGUCUCCUCUGAGAGAAGGUGUUCUCUGCAGUGGUUCUGAUGAUGGUUCUGUACGAAUCUGGGAUUAUACUCAAGAUGCUUGCAUAAAUAUUCUUAGUGGACACACUGCACCCGUGAGGGGAUUAAUGUGGAAUACUGAGAUUCCAUAUCUACUGAUCUCUGGAAGCUGGGACUAUACCAUCAAAGUAUGGGAUACUCGGGGAGGAACUUGCUUGGACACUGUGUAUGAUCACGGUGCAGAUGUGUAUGGUUUAACUUCCCAUCCAAGCCGUCCCUUCACUAUGGCUUCCUGCUCUCGUGAUUCUACAGUGAGACUCUGGUCAUUAAUACCUUUAAUCACCCCUUUACAAAUAAAUAUUCUGGCAGACACAUCUUGGGAAGAAAUUAUCGGGAACACUGAUACUGCUAUAAAGCAAGGCACGCCUCCUCUGCUGUGUGGAAAAGUGUCACGGGAUAUUAAGCAAGAAGUAGAAAAACUAACGUGCAAUCCUCGCUUGAAAAAGCUCAGAUGGUUUUCAGAAUGUUUAUCACCUCCAGGUGGCAGUGACAAUUUGUGGAACCUGGUUGCUGUAAUAAAAGGAGAAGAUGAUAGCUUACUUCCUCAAAACUACUGCAAGGGAAUAAUGCACUUGAAACAUCUGAUUAAAUUUAGAACAUCUGAAGCCCAAGAGCUAACAACAGUCAAGAUGUCUAAAUUUGGUGAUGGUAUUGGUGCACCUACUAAAGAGAAAAAACUGAAGGAAGCUGCUGAAAUUCACUUGAGAUUAGGACAAAUUCAGAGAUACUGUGAACUUAUGGUUGAACUUGGAGAGUGGGAUAAAGCCCUGUCAAUUGCACCUGGGGUUUCUCUGAAAUAUUGGAAGAAGUUAAUGCAGAGGAGAGCUGACCAGUUGAUCCAGGAAGAUAAGGAUGAUGUCAUUCCAUACUGCAUAGCCAUUGGUGAUGUGAAAAAACUCAUCAAUUUUUUUGUGUCUCGAGGUCAGCUUAAAGAAGCUCUGCUUGUUGCACAGGCUGCGUGUGAGGGAAAUAUUCAAACCCUACAUUUUUGUACACCAAAAGGAGCUUCAUAUCCUGAUGAUGUCUACAAGGAAGACCUUAAUGAGCUUCUACACAAAGUCAUUAAGGAGCUGGCAGAAUGGUAUUUUCAGGAUGGCCGAGCAGUAUUGGCUGCGUGUUGCCAUCUAGCUGUAGAUGAUAUUGAGCUUGCUAUGGCAUACCUGAUUCGUGGAAAUGAACUGGAGUUGGCCGUCUCUGUGGGCACUGUGCUAGGAGAAUCUGCAGCACCAGCAACCUAUUAUGCCCUAGAAUUACUGGCAAGAAAAUGCAUGAUGAUUCCAAUGUGCUUUCCGUCUGUUGGAUACAGGAAUUUGGCUGCUGAUUUGCUCCUGAUGACUCCUGAUAAUGAACUACACUUAGUGAAACUCUGCGCUUUCUAUCCAGGCUGUAUUGAAGAAAUAAAUGAUCUUCACAAGAAGUGCAAACUGCCCCCAGUAGAAGAAUGUAUGCAGUUAGCAGAAAUGGCCCAUGCAGAUGGCAAUGUAUUUGAAACCAUAAAGUAUUACUUACUAAGUAAAGAACCUGAAAAAGCUCUUCCUAUUGGCAUUGACUUUGUCAAAGAGUACAUUAGUAUCUCAAAUUGGACAUUGGAUACCAUUUACCCUGUGCUUGACCUACUGAGUUAUAUUCGUACUGAGAAAUUAGUCUUGCAUACAUGUACUGAAGCAAGAAAUGAAUUACUCAUCUUAUGUGGUUACAUUGGUGCAUUAUUGGCUAUCAGGAGACAGUAUCAAAGCAUUGUUCCAGCACUUUAUGAGUACACGUGUCAGCUAUUAAAACGCCGAGUGGUGUCAGUACCUUUAAAAAUUGAACAACUUUCUAAGGAAUUGGAUGCAUGGAGAGCUUGCACACAGUCCACCAACCAAUCAUCAGGAGACUCUUCAGGUACACCCCCUUCUGAUUCACAAAGAAUGGUUUAUGAAACUUUAUUAAAGAGACUGAAAGAAGAGCCACUCAAAGGAAUUACUGGACCAGAUUAUGUGACUGGAUCAAAUCUUCCAAGUCAUUCAGACAUUCACAUCUCUUGUCUUACAGGACUAAAAAUUCAGGGCCCUGUAUAUUACCUUGAAGACGGGAAAUCUGCUAUUUCUUUGAACGAUGCAUUGAUGUGGGCAAAAGUGAAUCCAUUCUCACCUUUAGGAACUGGAAUACGGCUCAAUCCAUUUUGACAGAAGAUUUAUCUCCAAGCUUAGUUGUUUUGUAAAGAAUAAAUUUGGGGGAGGGGAGUUUAUAUUACUUUAAUUUUGACUGUUCAAAACCAAAGGUUAGGAAAGGGAUUGGUGGUUGGGAGAGAGGACAUACUAAAUUUUAUUAAUUUCAAAAAUAAAAUAUUUCUAUAAUUUCAAAGGAAACAGGUAUAUCCUUCAUACAUUAUAAUAUUUAAAUUUAGAAGGAGGUAUAUUUAUCUUAUAAAAGACUAAAUAAUCUACAAAGCACAUAGGCUCCACAAGCUAUAAAUGGCACUAAAAUAUUGUUAAAACAUUGCAAUAUACAAAAUAGUACAUCACAUAGAAAAGCUCUUGUCAUAUAGGAGGUAUUUAAUGAAUAUUUGAAUAUCUAUCUUGAAACAUCAAAAUGUAAGAUGUACACAACCAUUUGCAAUUUAAUAAACACUCAUAUUGUCUUUUAUAAAAACUAGUUUCAGCUGGGCAUGGUGGUGCAUGCCUUUAUUCCCAGCA